AAAGCAAGCAUUUCACUUAGAGAUUAACUGACAGUGGCAGUCUGAGAAACAAGAUAUAGACAAACACAGAAGGGGAGGACUGGCAAAGAGGAAGUUAAUGUCUAAGGGAGUGAAUGGCUCAUGGAUGGGGUCUGUCUCUGUCCCGUCCUCCAUGCCUCCUGCCUUCCGCUCUCACCUUUCUUCAUCUGCCGAUUUCAGUAUAGCCAUCUUUCUCAUCAUCACAGGUGUGGUGUCUGUGGUUGGGAAUGGCCUGGUGUUGUUGGUGUACGGUCAGAGGAGAAAGAAGAUUCGAGCGCACGAGCUCAUGACCAUCAAUCUGGCUGUGUGUGAUUUCGGCUACAGUCUGCUGGGGGCGCCAUGUCUCAUCAUCUCGAGUCUGUCCCAUGCAUGGAUUUUUGGGGAAACAGGAUGUUUGUGGUAUGGGUUUCAGGGCUUUGUUUUUGGCAUUGGAUCCCUCAUCACCACCUGCCUUAUCUCCCUCGACCGCUGCUUCAAGAUCUGUAGCAUUCGAUAUGGUCAGUGGAUUGAGAGAAGACAUGCCUCUCUGUCUAUUGCUCUGGUGUGGAUCUAUACAAUAUUCUGGGCUGCACUUCCUGCAUUUGGCUUUGGUAGUUAUGGUCCUGAACCGUUUGGGACCAGCUGUACCAUAAACUGGUGGAGAAUGAAGUCUUCUCUGAAUGAUAGAGUCUAUAUUUUUGUAAUCCUGACACUCUGUUUUGGAAUACCCACCUUUACAAUCAUCGCCUCAUACUUUGCUAUCCUCAUCACGGUGUGUCGAUCUGGUCGUUUAUUGGCCUCAAUUCCUUCAUCCAAUGUCACUCACAGCAGCAAAGAUCUCCGGCUGACAAAGAUAGCAGCAGUGGUGUGUUCCUCAUUUUUGAUUGCCUGGACUCCCUAUGCAAUUGUUUCGCUUUACUCUGCUCUAACUGCUCGAGAGGAGCACCCUGGAGAAGAUGGAGGAACAUCUCUCUUGGCUGGAGAUUCAGGAACAGGGAUCGGGCACGGUGGAGGGUUCCCUGGUGUCUUUGGUUUUCCUUUCCUCAUUAACUGGACCUCUCCAGAACACUUCCCAGAUGCUUUCGGUUCCUGGAGGAAUAUGACUCCAGAUCAUCAUCACUCUCAUUCAGUAGGGAAUGGACUUAGUUCAUCUGUGGGCUCAGUGCAUGGAGGAGUGGACGGACAUAGGUCACAUCCUGUGUCCAGCCUGAGGCCAGAGGUCACGCUGAUCCCUGCCAUUUUUGCCAAGUCACACUGCAUGAUAAACCCCUUUAUCUACCAGAUCAUGAACCGUGACUUCAGAGAGGACGUCUAUGAUCUGCUGUGCUUUAGAGGGAAAGAUGGAGAGAGAAGGAGAGGAAGGAGCAGACAGGGGAGCGAUUCUGAUGGGUAUCGUGGGAGCAUCAGUCUGUCUUAUAUUCACAGCUGGAGAAGAAGAAGCACAGCUACAAGUCAGCCAUCCGGGGAGCGUGUGAAGAAAGAGUCUUCGCGGAAGAGUAGAGGGAAGAGAGGGUCCUGUAAGGACAAUGCCUCAGCCGGGUGGGCAUCAUUGGAUACUGCAACCUUAGAUACUCAAGCCAACUUAGAAAGAGAGAGAGGGAAGGAAGGGGAGAGAGAGAUGGAGAAAGCAGCUUGUUGACAUGUGAGGAGUGAUACUGAGUGAUGUCGACUCUAAAUACCAAACAAAUGCAGUUUUACGGAGAAAUGCCAUGUACUUCUUAAAGGGAUGAUUCACCCAAAAAUGAAAAUUCUGUCAUUAUUUACUCACCCUGAUGUUGUUCUAAACCCAUAUGACUUUCUUUAUUCCGUAGAACACAAAAUGAGAUGUAAGGCAGAAUGUUCAGUUUCAGUCACUAUUUACUUUAAUAGUGUGGAGAAAAGAUGCAACGAAAGUGAAUGGGACUGAGUCUAACAUUCUUGAUUACAUUACCCAUUGAGGUCCCAGGGGAAAAAAAAGUUAUACAGGUUUGGUACAACAUGAGGGAGAGUAAAUAAUGGCAGGAUUUAAAUUGUUGGGUAAACUAACCCUUUAAUGCAAAUUAGUUAACUCAAAGUAUUUGUUAUGUUUGUAGUUACAGUGCAAAAGUAAAGUGUACAUUUCCAUAAUUGUUGUUCAGUAUGCAAUGUUACACACACUUUAAAGGAAUAUUCUGGGUUCAGUACAAGUUAAGCUCAACUGACAGCAUUUGUAGCACAGUAUUUUUAUUCCCUGCCUGGAAUAUUCCUUUAAUAAAGACUUUUGCACCCACAUCUUUAUGCUUUCAUAGGUGCUUUAAAUUUGAUACGUUUCCAUAUUUGUUUUGUUCGUUAUAUGUUUAUUAUUGAAUCCCAUGUUUUUAUGUAUUAAUGUCUUGUGUAUUAUAUUUUAUGAAACAGUUUCUACUUGCUAUUCAGUCCAAAGUAUAUUUAAAAAAUAUAUU